UCUCUCCCUGUCCUCUUCGUUACAGAACUCAUUACUCUUCAUGCUUUUUCACUUACUCUGUUAUCAUCGUCCCUUCAAGAAAAGUUUGUUUCAGUCUAAUCUUCCGGCGUGAAAGGUGGUUUUCUCACCACAUACGUUAGUUUUCCGGUAGCUCAAGAAAAAGGGUUUAAAGGAUUUCAGCAGAGGAGGCCCUUGACUGACAGUCCCAGCUCGAACAAUGUGGAACAGCGGUAAGAAUUAUCCGGUGAAAGAAUUACCAGCACCGCCGCGGACGUGGAAAUCGGCUCCAUGUUCGCCGAUGCCACCGCCGGAGAAGAAGCGGUCUUCUCCCCCCAGAAAACAGGAUGUUUUUCAUGUUAUUCACAAGGUGCCUCCAGGAGAUUCUCCUUAUGUGCGGGCGAAACAAGUUCAGUUGAUAGAUAGAGAUCCGAACAGGGCCAUUUCCCUGUUCUGGUAUGCAAUUAAUGCUGGUGAUCGUGUUGAUAGUGCCUUGAAAGACAUGGCAAUUGUGAUGAAACAGUUGAAUAGAAGUGAUGAGGCAAUUGAAGCAAUAAAGUCAUUCCGUCAUCUUUGCUCCGAACGAACUCAAGAAUCUCUUGAUAAUGUACUUAACGACCUCUACAAGAGGUGUGGCAGGUUUAGAGACCAAAUUGAACUGCUUUGGCACAAGUUAAAGCUCAUUGAAGAUGGCAUAGCAUUUGGUGGAAAGAAAACCAAGAUAGCAAGAUCUCAAGGAAAGAAGUUCCAUGUCACCAUUGAACAAGAGAAAUCAAGGUUGUUAGGGAACCUGGCCUGGGCUUACCUGCAAGAGAAAGAUUACCAAACUGCAGAAGAACUUUAUAGGAGAGCUCUUUCUAUAGAACCAGAUAAGAACAAGCAGUGCAACCUUUCCAUCUGCUUGAUGCAUAGGGGAGAAAUUACCAAAGCCAAGUCUCUCCUUCAGGCCAUAGCACCCUCAUCCGCAGAUCGAGGACUGGCAGAUCCUUACAUUAAAUCCUUUGAUCGUGCUUCGGAGAUACUUGCUGAGAUCGAAUCACAACCAACAACUGAUGCAACUGAGCAAACCAAAGAGAUAAAGGAGAGUUCGUUCACAUCUCCCAUUAACAAAAUCUCAAGCUCACGGGCUUCAUCUGUAAAUGCAAUUCAGAGUCAUGGUUUUGGCUUCCCAAUUCCUCGAAGGUUGGAAGACAGCAGCAACAAAGACCUGGUUCAGUUAGAAGCACAGAAGAGAGAAUCAGUUUCUUCUGGGAACCAUAAAAGUGAACUUUAUUCUCAAAAUCUGAUUGAUGAGGCUGAUCCCUCUGGCUUUGACAACGGAAGAUUGAAUACUGAGAUGAAAGCUGAAGAGUCCUCAUGCAAUACAAAAAAGGACUGUCAGUCUUCUCAGCAGCCUUUCUUUGCCAAUAAAUGGAGGAAAGGAGCUCAUUCAGAGAAAAUAUAUAGAACGUCUGAUUACUUUACUUCACAGAAAGGCAUUAGCGAGAGAAGAAGAGUUGAGGGAGGUUCUGCAACAAAGAACACCAAACAUAAUGGAAGCAUAUUUAGUUCCCAAGUCUCUAUUGAUGAAAAUAUAAUGCAUGGCUGGACAGAAAAAAUAAGUGGUUCACAUUCUUCCAGUGGUGGAGUAAUGGCACCCCAACAACUUAAAGGAGGUCUACCAGUAGACGUUUGUGGGGGGCAUUCCAAGAUAACACCACCAAAAAGAGAAAGUGAACCAUGUUCAUCCGCCAAUGGAGAUUGGAGAUGUAGAUCAAGGGGGAAUAUUGUGAAGAAAAAUCAGACGAUAGAUGGUAUUUCAUGGUAUUCUAAUGGAGAUUCAAGAACAAGAUCUCAGGAAGGCAAUGAACAGAAGAAACUGGGAGUGGGAGAAAUCACUAGUAUCUCAUGGUAUUCUAAUGGAGAUUCAAGAACAAGAUCUCAGGAAGGCAAUGAACAGAAGAAACUGGGAGUGGGAGAAAGCACUAGUAUCUCAAGUCCCAAAAUACUUGGGGAAUCACCAAGUAUACUCGUUGGCAAUUCACAUGCUAUGUCACAAGAAAAGCUUAAUGGAGUAACUAGAGCUUGCAUCAAUGGAAACUGGGAUCAGAGGUCUGAAAUUACAGUCUCUGAUAGCAUGAGAUGGUCAGAUAAGAUCGAGAACAAAAAUGUUAGAAUAAACAUCCAUGAAGCAGAUAAUAUUCCAGUUUCCGUUACAGGAAAUGCAAACCCAACGCAAGAGUACUCUGUCUUCAAGACUGGGAAGAGUUGGGCAGAUAUGGUUGAUGAAGAAGAAGAAGAAGAGUUGUCAGCUGCCGGAACUGACUUUCUGAUUGAGAAACAAGCGUACCUUUCCGGUGAUUCAUCAGUUUCUUUUCAGAAUCCAAACAAAUGGGCUGAUGGAUGGAACAAUGAUGAAAACCUUAAUCUGAACAUCACUGGCUCCACCCCUCCUCUUCCUACUGCCACACGUUCACAGUUGGGUUUUUAUUCACAGAAACAUCCAUUUUCCCAGAACAACACUGAGAUUUUCGAGUGGAAACUCGGAAUGGUUGAUCUAAACGAGGAAGAAAAUGGAAGGCACAUAAACAGUGCUUCAUUUGGGAAUUCAAAAGCUCGACGGUGUCUGUCUUUUGAUCAGCAACCAAAGCUGGAUCCAGUAGAUUACUACUGCUGUUCCUCCACACCAAUGGCAAGCAAGGCAUUGGGUACUGAGGAUUAUAAUUGCUCAACAACUGGGUCUACUUGCGGGAAGAAUUUAAAGCCAAUGGUGAGAACAGCUCGACGAAAAAGGCUUCAGGUAUUCAGGGACAUCACCCUUCUUCCAGAUAGCCCAAGAGCUUAUUAUCCUACAUGAGGCACAUAAAAGUAUCCAUGAUAUAUUUUGAGUUCUUCAAUUUUUUUUGUUUUUUUUUAUAUUUGAUUGGAGGUGUCUAUAGUUUUACAGAAUUAAGUUUGGGUGGGUGUCUAUAGUCUAUCUGAAUCUUUAGUUGUGUGAAUUUCUUUCUU